AAACUCCUGUGAUGCAGUUGUAAUUCAUUGUACAUUCAGUGCAUCAGACCUACAACAUGUCUACCUUCGCCUUUCUUCUUCUUUGCGUGCAGGCUUGCCUCAUACACAAUGCGUACAGCGCAUGCCUUGGCACUGGCUACUAUGGCGCCGGUCUCGGCUACGGCUACGGCGGUCUGGGUUGUGGAGGAUGCGGUGUAGGCGGCAUUGGUUACGCCGGUUAUGAUGGUUUCGGUUACGGCGGACUUGGCUACGGCGGCCUUGGUUAUGGCGGUUGGGGCUAUGGUGUCGGUUACGACGGUAUUGGUGCUGGUUACGGCGGUGCCGGUGUUGGUAACGUAGCUGUGGCCGGCGAGCUGCCCGUGGCUGGUACCACCGCCGUCGCCGGUCAGGUGCCAAUCAUCGGCGCUGUCGGUUUCGCCGGUGACGCUCUCGCCGCUGGUUCCGUCUCCAUCGCCGGACGUUGCGGUUGCGGCUGCGGCUGCGGUGGGGCUUACCUUUACUAAUCACCUACAUAUUGAAAAUGUGUUAGAAAAUUCUUGCAAAUCGAAUAAAUGGUGAUUACAGAAU